CUGUGUUAUUGGAGGAGCGUUGUGAUUGGCUGACGGAAUCCGUAGGGAUCUGAGUGACUCCGGGGGGGAAUGGCGGGGCUGUGCUGCGCGAGGGCCACUAGAGCCUUACAGCUGGGGUUGGGGGGCCCCAGGCUGCAUGGAUAUGGGGUCCGCUGUCACAGCACCUACGAUGUUGUCAUUGUCGGGGGAGGAAUCGUAGGACUGGCGUCGGCUCGGCAGCUCAUCCUCAGUCAUCCCAACCUCCAGUUUGCCAUUUUGGAAAAAGAGAAUGAGAUUGCUUCCCAUCAGAGUGGCCACAACAGCGGAGUGAUUCACA